AUGGGCACUGAUAUCCUUCAGAGCAUUGGAUAUCGCAAUCGCUCAGUGGACCUUGCCAAGAUGGAAGUGAAUCUUAGUGAUGAUGGCGUACUCUCUCUCAGCAAUGUUUUCGUCAUCACAGCAGAGCAACAUCAUUCGUGUUUAUACCGUUUCUUACCGAGCUAUCAUGCUAUGGUUAUCAAGAUGUACACAUCCAAGGAAGAUUGCAUCUCUUUACCUCGUCUAUUAUCUCGAGACUGGUGUUCAUCUCUUGAUGAAUUGAUAUGUGCUAACAGUGACAUCCCCAAACGCCAACUCAGACAGCUUGUUCGCGAAUUUGCAGCAUGUGCUGAUACUGAUGCUGAUGACAAGGAUGAAGAUGGCGGCACAUACUUACAAUCGAUGGCAGCGCUACUGAGUCAACUUCUGCAAACAUUCCUUCUGCCGCCAUCGGAAACAGAAAAAAAAUUAAAACGGAUUUCAUUGCUUGUGUCAUGCAGAGGGGAUCGAUGGCGCGGUGGGGCUCCUGCCAACUUGUAA